AUGGUGGAUCAUCUAGAUGGCGCAGCCCUUGAGACCGCGGCAGAGACUGCCAGCCAGUACCUUGAGAAGUCUCGACCUCCGGCGCAAGUUUGCGACAGAUGCCAUGACCUCAUACACCACAACCGUGCCGUUCCUGCUGUGUCGCCAUCGAUCUAUUCCAUCCGGGAAUACCUUGACGAAUCCCCAUACAAGCAUAACUGGAUCUACCACUUGAUUGAUGCGGCGGAUUUCCCCAUGUCCCUGGUUGAUAAUAUCUACGAAGCUCUUGCCAUCCAAGAGCAGCGUUCGCGGAACCGACGCGCCUCAACGGAGAAGUACAGGGGAGGGAGGAAAUUACCGACCAUUACAUUUGUGAUUACGCGCUCAGAUCUUCUCGCACCUACGAAAGAGCAAGUCGACUCGAAAAUGGAGUACAUGCGGUCGAUUCUCCGCGAGAAGCUGGCUCAGUCGGACGAGGAUUUCCGCCUGGGAAAUGUGCAUAUGAUCAGCGCUCACCGAGGUUGGUGGACGAAGAAAGUCAAAGAGGAAAUCAGGGACCAUGGUGGUGGCGUUUGGGUUGUUGGGAAGGCCAAUGUUGGGAAGAGCAGCUUCAUUGAAGCGUGCUUCCCCAAGGACUCCAAGAAUCUUGAGAAGAUCGCGGAGCUGGUUGAACGACGCGAGCAGGAGUCCAUAGUUGCGAAGCAACAACAUGCUCUGGACCUCAACUCCAACGGCCUUCUACCCCCUGCCCCUCGAGAAGACCUCUAUCCCGUCCUCCCGGUCGUGUCAUCCUUACCGGGGACGACGGUUUCGCCGAUACGUAUCCCAUUUGGCCGUAGCAAGGGUGAAAUGAUCGACCUACCGGGACUGGACCGCGGCGAGCUAGUGGAUUACGUUCGCGAUGAAUACAGACGCGACGUGAUCAUGACGAAACGCAAGAAACCCGAGCGGUAUACGGUCAAGCCGGGUCAAUCGCUACUUUUGGGGGGAGGACUCGUGCGAAUCACCCCUACACACCCGGACGACGUGGUGACGGCCGCUUGUUUUCUCCCGAUAGAGGCGCAUAUCACCAAAACCGAAAAGGCCGUCGAGAUGCAGGCGCAAACACGGAUCUACCCCGGGGAGAACAUCAUGAAAGAUGGUACCGGGGAAUUGAUCAUGUCCGCGGGGACGUUUGACCUGAAAUGGGAUGUGACUUCGUCUCAUCUCCCCAGGUCAAUUGCAAAGGCAGUCGAAGACCGAGGCGUGAAGCCUCCCCCGUUACCGUACCGAGUGAUGUCUACGGAUAUCCUGAUCGAGGGCUGCGGAUGGGUCGAGCUCACCGUGCAGAUCCGAGCCAAGUCCACCAACCCCGCAGACGGCGAGACUCCAAGGUCCCUCCCACAAGUCGAGGUUUUCACUCCCAACGGUCGCCACAUCGCCGCCCGGCGCCCCAUCGAGUGUUGGAAUUUCAUCGCUGAUAAGAUGGCCGCCGAUCAGCGCAAGAAAGGUCGUCGAGGUCGGCAGAAUAUCGGCCAGAAAAAGCGUGUUCGGCAGAGUCUGAAUGCCUGA